AACACCUACUCUUAUUUCUCUUCCUCAAUAGCUUUCUUCUCUCUAACAACCCAACAAAAGCAUAAACCCAUGGCUAAAGGAGGCAAACUCACAAAAUUAAAAUCAGUGUUGAAGAAAAUGCAAUCUUUCAAGCCAGGCCGUAUUAACAGCAGCCUCGUUGUGGCCACCAACAAUUCUUUCGCUGAGGAAGAUUCAUAUUCCUAUGGCAGUCAUUGCUCCAUUAAAGAUCAACACACUUUCUACGUUGGUAAGUCACGCCGCCGAUACCUCGUCACUUCCGACGUUGUCUGCCAUCCACUCUUCAGGGAAUUUGUCGAAAGAUCAGGGAAUUCAGAAGACUCCAUCGUCACCAUCGCCUGUGAAGUUGUUCUUUUUGAACACUUGCUUUGGAUGCUUGAAAAUGCUGAUCCCCAGCCAGAGUCGUUGGCUGAGCUUGUCGAAUUUUACUCUUGCUGAAGUGUUUUGUUAUUAAGGGAACAAUGUACUCUUACAUGGUUGGAGUCAGCUACUAUGUGGUAUAUAGUAGUAGUAAAAUUUUUCCUAGACUGCUAGACAUAGAAUUUGAUAAGUUAGAAAUGUAAAGGUGAAUCCUUUCAGUGGAUUCAAGUUGAACAUGAUCUUAUUUUAUAUAUAUACAUUUUAUUUUAUUGUUACA